AUGCAAAAUAUAUUAGCUGAGGUCGACAAUCUUAGCGUGAUAAAAUUGGCCGAGAAUGAGGAAGCAAUGGUUGGUUUGCAUCGGGUUUUGAUCAUGGCCAUUCGUGAUUUACUACAAAGACCGUGGUCCGUUGAGUUGAAACACAUUUAUUGGGCACGGAAUUUUGCUGUUGACUCGUUAGCAUCUUUAGCAGCGUCGAAUGUUGGAGGACUGCUGAGACUGAAAGAGCCACCAGCGACUGUAAGACCAUGGUUGCAACAUGAUCUAGUUGCUAAAUUAUUUACAUUAAUUAUCAAGAUCUUUUCGAAAAGCCACGGAAGAGUUACUUCUGAACCCAUAAUGGGUUGGCUGAGUAAAAUAUUCAAAGGGUCGAGCCAUAAACUUUCAGAAGGGAAGUAUGACCGCAGAUAUGAUGUUGAUUACUUGGGAAACUAUCCUUCCAGUUCCUGGGAUACAACGUCAGAGACUGAAGAUAUUGACCGUGCUAUUGCAUUAUCUCUUGCAGAAGAGGACCAGAAAGGGAAACAUGUAGUUGACUCUGAGACUCAACUGAAAGAAGAUGAACAACUCGCCAGAGCUCUACAGGAGAGCUUGACUGAUGAGUCUCCACCUAAACGUGGAAACAGAGGAAGCAGUGCAAAUGAAAGUGCACGUGGAAUGGGAAACCUUUAUCAACCCAUGCAUUACCCAUAUUCGAUAGGUUUCAGCAGGAUAUGUGCUGGUUGCUAUACUGAGAUUGGACAUGGAAGGUUUUUAAAUUGCAUGGGAGCAGUCUGGCAUCCAGAGUGUUUCCGUUGCCAUGCCUGUAACCAACCAAUAUCGGAUUAUGAGUUUUCUAUGUAUGGGAGCUAUCCUUAUCACAAAGCUUGCUACAAAGAGCACUAUCAUCCUAAAUGCGACGUCUGCAAACAUUUUAUUCCAACAAAUGCUGCCGGCCUUAUUGAAUACCGGGCGCAUCCUUUCUGGUCCCAGAAGUACUGCCCUUACCAUGAGCUUGAUGGCACUCCUCGCUGUUGCAGCUGUGAGAGAAUGGAGCCAAGAGAUACAAAAUAUGUUGCCCUUGGUGAUGGUCGGAAGCUUUGCCUGGAGUGCCUGGACUCUGUAAUAAUGGACACAAGCGAGUGUCAACCGCUUUAUCUUGAUAUCCAAGAAUUUUAUGAGGGAUUAGAUAUGAAAGUGGAGCAGCAAGUACCAUUACUUUUGGUUGAGAGACAAGCACUAAAUGAAGCCAUGGACGGAGAGAAACAUGGACAUCACCAUAUGCCUGAGACGCGAGGACUUUGUCUAUCUGAGGAGCAAACUAUUAGCACAGUAAGAAUGCGACCAAGGACGGGAAAUGGAAAUCGAGUUAUGGAUGUGAGAAAAGAGCCUUUUAAGCUGACUCGUCGAUGUGAAGUGACAGCAAUUCUCAUACUAUAUGGUCUUCCCAGGUUGCUCACUGGAUCAAUCUUAGCCCAUGAGAUGAUGCAUGCAUGGUUGCGACUGAGAGGAUAUCGAACUCUCAGUCAGGACAUUGAAGAAGGUAUCUGCCAAGUUCUAGCUCAUAUGUGGCUGCAGUCACAGCUUCAACACACAUCAUCAGGCGACAAUGGUGCGUCAACCUCUUCCAUGUCAUCAUAUACUUCUACAUCUUCAAAGCAAAGGACAAGGUCUCCAUACGAGAGGAAACUAGGUGAAUUUUUCAAACACCAAAUAGAAUCAGACACAUCUCCCAUCUAUGGAAAUGGUUUCAGAGCUGCUAAUCAAGCGGUUCUCAAAUAUGGUCUGGAGAGGACUUUGGAUCAUAUCCGGAUGACCGGGAGCUUACCAUAUUAA